GCGACGUGGCUUCCUUGGUCUCGUGAGAUUUUGUUCGGUGACGCACGACGAGAGACCAUCGAUACGAGCGGCUGAACCGUGUGACUCGACUCCACGGAGAACUUGUCGGCGAUGGAGAGAAAGAGGCCAAGGGGUAUCUUGGAGCGACUAAAUGCUGGGGAGGUGGUUGUAGGUGAUGGAGGUUACGUGAUGCAGCUAGAGCGCCGUGGCUAUGUGAAGGCUGGACACUGGACACCUGAGGCGGCAGUAGAACAUCCUGAAGCAGUGAGGCAGCUGCACAGGGAGUUCCUGAGAGCAGGAGCCAAUGUGAUUCAGACUUUCACCUUCUACUGCAGCGAGGACAAACUGGAGAUCAGCGGCAAUGUCCCCAACAUUACCGGGGCUCAGAUCAACGAGGCAGCUUGUGACCUGGCCAGGGAGGUAGCCAAUGAGGGGGAGGCGUUGGUCGCUGGGUGUGUGUCCAAGACUCCCUGUUAUGUGGAUACUCACAAUGAGAGGGAGGUCAAGGCCAUCUUUAAGAAACAGAUGGAUGACUUCCUCAAGAAGGAGAUCGAUUUCUUCAUUGUGGAGUUUGUGGAUCACGUGGAGGAGGCAGUGUGGGCAGUGGAGGUGCUGAAGACCGGCGGUAAACCAGUGGGUGCAACACUGUGCAUCUCCCCUCAUGGAGACAAGCAUGGAGUCCCACCUGGAGAGUGUGCUGUCAGACUGGUCAAAGCCGGAGCUGACAUUGUUGGAAUCAAUUGCCAUUUGGAUCCUCUGACGUGUGUUCGCACGGUGAAGUUGAUGAAAGCAGGAUUAGAGAAAGCUGGUCUCAAAGCUCAUCUCAUGAUCCAGCCUCUGGGCUUUCACACACCUGAGUGCAACUUCGGUGGAUACACAAGCCUGCCUGAGUACCCCUUCGCAAUGGAGACCCGAGCAAUGACCCGCUGGGACGUCCAUCAGUACGCCAGAGAGGCUUACAAUGCUGGUAUUCGCUACAUUGGUGGCUGCUGUGGAUUUGAGGCCUACCAUAUCAGAGCUAUAGCAGAGGAGAUGGCUGCAGAGAGAGGAUUCCUCCCACCGGCCUCAGAGAAGCACGGCCUGUGGGGAGCUGCUCUGGAGAUGCACACGAAACCGUGGGUCAGAGCCAGGUCUCGCCGUGAGUUUUGGGAAAACCUUUUGCCUGCUUCUGGACGCCCCAAAUGCCCCUCCAUGGCCACUGCAGCUGAUGAUUAUGAACAGCUGGAAACAAAAUAAACCAACAUAAUCUCCUUCAUACACAGUAUAAAGGAUCUGAUCCAGCAGCUCUUUGUUCACCCAGAGAUUUGUAAAGAGCUGUGUGCUGAUUCAAAGCUCUGUAGUUGCCUUUAAUAAUUUGGGCUCAGUCAUCAGUGAAUCAACUUUCUUUUUUCUGUAACUGCACCAUCCCUGAACUUUAUGGAUUUUACACAGUUGAUUGUUUACACGUUUUAUAAAGAUUUUAGUUCUAAAAUAUAUUGAUAGAUCUAUAUUGAUGUUGAUUGAUUUUUAAAAAUCUGCUGUUUAAUAUUUUCACAAAAGAUACUAAAAUAAUUUUCCUUUCUUUUUCAACAAUUAUUUGUUACUGUACAAGGGACGUGCGGUGUAGUGGAAUAUUUCAAUUAAAGUUCAGGAGAAGAGAAUGAUUUGUUUCUAGGUUCAUCUAAUAAAACAGAGUCUUGAUGAAUGAUCAAAGUGGCAAAAAGUCAAUUUAUUGCUUGCAAGCAGGAGGUCAAAUACACAAACACGUAUUACGAUGCUCUGUGGAGAUGCCGUCUCCGAGAAGUGAAAAUGCUGAGUUCUUAUACACACAUGUGAAGGCCAUCAAUGGCAGGUAUGAAAUAUUGCAAACCAAGUUGAGAUGAGGACCAAGGUUGAGAUGGGAGUAACAGAGUUCCUUUGUUCGAGUGUUUGUGUGAAAGCGUCCUCCCUUACACAGCUGCAAAAGACAACUUUUGAAUCUCCCUUUUCUUCUCACAUUUCUUCAAUACAGACAAUAACCACUGUUUUAGCAUAAGACUAUGUUAUAACAUAUUUAUACCAUUACAGCGGUCAUCAUUAAAAGUAAAAAAUAAAAAUAUAUAUUUCUCCACUGA